AUGCUGAACACCUCCCGGACCCUGCUGCUGCUGGCUCUGGCCGCCGUGGCCGGUCUCCUGCAGCGAUGCCAGGGCUGGAGCGACGAGGACCUGCUGCUGCCGCCCAGCAACUCCUCCAACAGGUUCCUGCCCAACCUGGAGGUGGACGUGCGCUUCUCCAAGAGGAGCGUGGAGGAGAGCGACGCGUCCUCGGCCCCGCUGCAGCCGAGCCUGUCCCCGUGCAACGUGAGCGUCCAGCGGCUGCUGCCCACCUCGCUGGUGGCCCGCUGGGACAGCAGCUUUGGCUUCCAGUGUGACGUGCUCCUCUACACCACCAACACCCACGGCAGGGCGUUCUUCUCCGCCUCCUUCAACAGGGCCAUCUCGCCCGUGGUGGUGGAGCACCUCGGGGUCAACGGGGGUCAGCAGGAGCUGCGGCUGUGCGUGGGCUGCGGGAUGUCCCGGUACCGGCGCUUCGGCCAGGGCCGGACCCGGGGCCAGCAGAGCGGGGACCAGGUCGCCUUCUGCUGCGUGGACUUCAGCCUGGACGAGCUGAAGGGGGACAAAAGUUGGAGGCUGAACAGGAAACCCAUCGAGUCGACACUUGUGGCUUGUUUCAUGACUCUGGUGAUCAUCGUGUGGAGUGUUGCUGCUCUCAUAUGGCCGGUGCCCAUCAUUGCAGGAUUUCUGCCCAACGGCAUGGAGCAGAGGAGACCCAGAUAACUGAAAUGAUCUUUCUAUUGAUUAUAGCCUGUGCUGCCUAUACUAUAAUUGUAGCCAUUCAGCUCUUCACACUUUUGGAGGGUUCUGGGAACUUUUUUGAUGAGAUGCUUUCUUGUGGGUAUUCUUUACUAAACCUCCUCCUCUUUAGGACAACCAAGGUAAUGUAUGAAGAAUUACACUAGCCAAUAGUAAUCUAUACUGGGACCAAUACCAACGUGUUUUGUAUACCCUUGUAGGCCUUCCUAUAGAUUAUGUCAGCCGUGCAAACUUUUUCUCCUUCAACUGUGUUUGUAUAGUUUUUAAUCUUUCUAGAAAAGUUUUUGCCUUAUGCCAUGUGAAGGACUUUUGCACUGAAAACCGAACUCUAAUAUGUGCCGUCACAUACAGUACUAUAUAUAAUAUAUAUUCAACCUAUAGUCAU